AUAGGACUUGCGAAGAAAGUUUUAAGCCCAUUAUUUCGAUCCAAUUCGACUCAAAUGAUCAGCUUUUUCAGAUUUUCACCGAAAAUUCAGAAUGGCUGAGCCGGAUUUCUUAUUUCUGAACCAAUCAGUUGAUGAACUAAAUGAAGCAAGAUCGGCAGUCCAGCUACUGAUCAUGAAUCAUACAAUUCCAGGGAGAGAAACUGAGACGGGAGUAGUGGAGAGAAAACUUAUUCUGAAAGCUUUGAAGGAUGCAAAUGAUAUUAGAAUAAAGUUUGAAGAUUCUUUAAGGGUUUUCAAAGUUCUCCCUGUGGCUGAUGGUGAACCUGCUGAUUUAAAGAAAAAGGCUCUGGAUGAUGGAAUGGCGGGUAUCAAGCUGAUAUCCAACAUGCAGAGGUAUCUUAAUCUUCAUUUACAACAAUCUGAUUCCGACAAAGAUAGCAUCAAGGCCAAGGAAUCAAAGAAUAUUGCAGAUAGGAGUAAAUAUGAAAAAACUCAAUCCUUAGAAAAUUCCCGUAAGCGAAGUAGAUUAGACAGUGACGGUGGUUUGGAGAAUUCUAAGAAACACAGCGAUAUGGAUGGAUACAACAGCGAUGUAUCUAACUGCAGCAGUGAUAUAUCAAGCUAUCACAGCGAUAUGGACAGCGACAGUGAUAUGGAGGAUUACAACAGUGGCGAUGGUUCAAUCAACGAGAAUUUAUCUGAAAACGUUAAGAAUGUAAAAGAUACCUCAUCUUCAUACAUGGGAUCUGCAGUUAGAUCUGGUGGUUUCGCAACUCUCCGCAACCAAAAUAGAAGAAUAAAUUCCCGGAUACACGGUGGAGAUAACAAGAUGGAUCUUUCUGAAUUUAAAUCUGAAUUAUUUAAAGGUAUUAAAGCCGAACGUGUAGAAGAAGCUAAUUCCUCGUCCAUUAUUUAUCCCUGUCGAUAUAUCCCCUGUGAGUUUGUCGCGAACACGGAGAGAGAUCUGACCAAUCACGAAGAUAGAUUUCACGUUAUUCGAUUUAAUUGUGACAAAUGUGAAUUUUCCACACCUUCAGAAGCAACGCUGAAAAGACACUGCGAAACUAGACACGAAGGGGCAAGAUAUUCUUGUGAUUUAUGUGAGUAUGUCACAACAACAGAUGAUGGUUUAAAGACGCACUUUGAAAUGGAACAUCAAGGCUCAGGAUUUUUUUGCGAUAAAUGUGUAUACGUUUCUAUAACAACUAAGAAUCUGAAACUUCAUAUUGCUGCUAAACAUGAUAGAGUAAGAUAUCCUUGUGACAAAUGUGACUUUGUUACAUCUACUGCAAACUAUCUAAAGAAGCAUAUUGAGAUUGAACAUGAAGAGCUGAGUUAUCCCUUAAACGAUUGUUCUCAACCUGUCACUAAUCGAGCUGUUGAAAUUGACCCUGUCAAUGGGAAAUUUCUCUGUGAUAAAUGUGAGCAGUCCUAUGUCUGUUUAAGUAGUUUGAGGAAACACAAGAAGAACAAACAUGAAGGACUAAGGGUGAACUAUCCCUGUAAUAAAUGUGACUUCAUUGCAACCUCAGCAACUCAAUUGAAAUAUCAUACUCAAAGUAAGCAUGAAGGCGUGAGAUAUCCAUGUACUCAAUGUAAUUAUGUCGGAGUUACUGCAACAAAUCUGAGGAAACACGUCGAGUGUAAACACGACGGGGUACGAUACCUAUGUAAGCAUUGCACAUACUCUGCUACGACAGCAGUUAACCUUAAAGCACAUAUAGAAAACAAGCACGACGGUGUUAGACAUCCCUGUAGAUUUUGUGAAUAUGUUGCAUCCACUGCAGGAAAUCUGACAACACACGUCAAGAGUUUGCACCGGGGUGUAACAUAUUCCUGUAAUUUUUGUGAUUUUAAAUCCAACUGGAAAGCUUGUUUGAAAAAUCACAUGAAAUCGAUCCAUGCUGGAGAGGAGUCCUUUAAAGUAGAGGAGCUCUGAACAUUAACUCAUCUCCGACAAUUUUCUUCUAGUAUUGUCUUUUCGUGCUUGCCAUCUUUUAUCGCUAUUUGACUGAAAAUUCUCUUGUUAUAUUUUUUUUAUAUUUUAGGUAAAACAUUAGUUUUUGUUGUUUUUGUUGUUGUUGUAAAUACCUAAAUGUCUUGUUUUAUUAUACAGAUUUUGCAAAUUUGCUAUUUUUGGCAGAUUAUUAAAGUGGAGCUUAAGGGCUUUUCAAAUAUGUAUCAUAUGUUAUGGAUUUGUAUCACAAUAAGGAAAUAGAGCCCCCCCCCCCCUAAGUCUAUUUUGGGUAAACCAGACGUCAGUCGAAAUAGGAUUAAAGAUAAAUAAAAAUUAGUUAAGAAAUAUGGUUCUUCGGAGUUCUAUUAUUGCCUCAUUGACAAUGUAAUACAAUGCAUGAAAAUAUUCUUAUGAUCAUAUGUACAAAGAUAGAACAGUAUUUUACUUAGGAUUCAAGUGUUAGAAAGAUUAAUUGAUCUGUUAUUGCAGAAAAAAUGGCCGACGAGGAAAAUGUUGAAAAUGAGGGAUUCACUUAUAAAGAAGAAAAUCCCCCAUUUUUGUAGUUUGGAGGAUACAAGUACUGGACAUAAUAUGGAAGAAACAAA